AUGGUCAAUCAAAUGUCGUCAAAGAAAACUGAUAAGAGUACAAAGAAAGAGAAUCGUUUCCUCAAUGGUGUCAAAGCACAUAAAAAGCAUAAUACGGCAUCGUAUAGUCGCAAGAAGAUUUCAUCAGAUGACGAAGAUGAGGAUGACUUGGCUCUGAACGGCGAUGACUACGAUUCAAAAGAUGAACUGAAAUUGUCAGAUGAUGAGGAGAAACCGCAAAGAAAUGGCAGCAAACGCUCUCCCUUACCCCCCGCACCCGUACCGACAUCCUCUACACUACGGACUCUAUCGGAUUCAGAUUCGUCGAAAUCUGAACCGAAAUGGUUGUGUAAGCCACGGUUGAAUGGUGUAAAAUCCACCAACAAAUCGCAUCAGGUACGCCGGAAACGUGCGUUCAUUCCAUCGUCAUCGAGUGAAGAGGAUAUCGAUGAUAGCAGUAGUCGUCAGGAUGAGAAGCCUGUGGUAACUCUGAAACAAAUGGUGAAGAAGACAAAAAAGAGUCGAGCGAAGAAAGGCACGAACUCGAGUGACGAGAGUGAUGCGAUUGACUCGGAGGAGAACGCUCACUUCGACAGUGAUACAGAUUCUGAUGAUAGCAGGGUUGGU